GAUCAUAAGUUAUACUGUAUGGGACGGGAGUCAUAUCCAUGGUGCCUGCAAAAGAAAUUAGGUUUAGUGCACAGCUUUCUGUUGAGGGGUUUUCCACAACCUAAAAGGGUGGUACUUUGGGUUGAUGAGUUCAGAUAUUGUCUGGUCCUUCAAGGACUCUUUAAUUAUGAUUCCCCCUGUGGAAGGCAACACACAAUGAACAGCGUUGCUUCAGGAGCACUGAAGGGAGGGCUGUCUUUAAUUUCAGUGCACACUUUCAGGUUGUUUCAGUGUUAAUAAUCAACUACAUUUAUUAUCCAUACCAAGACUUUGCUCUGGGAUUGCUCUGGGAUCAUUUUCCUCUGUACUUGGCUACAACCAGGAUGAAGGUUUUCUGUAUUGCAGACUUGCAAGUAAAGUAAGUCACUCCGCCAGCUAAUGGUGUCGACAAAGAUUUCUAAAACUGUGAAAGAGCAGGAAUAAGUGAUGGAGGCCGGUGCACCAUUAACUAAAAACCCAUAUUAUCUUGCAGACAUUAGACUAGUGCUUCUGGGGUCUGCAGAAGAAGGGAAGAGGUCAGUUGGAAACACCAUCCUGGGUAAAGAUGAGUUUAGUGGUCAGAAAACUGCCUUAUGUGUGACAAAAGGUCGAACAGUGGUAGGGAGGCAGGUCACUGUUAUUAACACACCAGGCUGGGGUAGAGAGCAGCGUCUCGCUCAAACUCCUGUAAGUGUUCAAGAGCAGCAUCUGCAGUGUGUGUUUCCUCCAGGAGUCCAUGCUCUGCUGUUGGUGAUACGCGCAGACAAGAAAUUCACAGAGGCCCACAGGGCAGCACUGCAAGAUCAUGUAGAGCUUCUUGGUGAGAAUGUGUGGAAUCACACCAUGGUGCUGUUUACCUGUGGGGACUGGCUGGGAGAAACACCCAUUGAACAGUUCAUUUAUAGUGAAGGUGCGCCCCUUCAGUGGGUUGUGGACAAAUGCAGCUACAGGUAUUAUCGUAUCAACAAUACUGACAGGGCUGAUGUCACACAGGUCUCACAGUUGCUGCAGUGCAUAGAGUGUGUAGUGGCUAUGAACAAAGGGCGAUGUUUUGAGAUAGACAGUCAAAGACACAAGGCAGAGGUCAUGAAAAUGUUUUAUCAGGAAAAAGCAAUGAAAGAUAUGCGACUGAGAAAUCAGCAGAAUACGGGGAUGGGGGAUGAUCCAAUGCUCAACAGAUGUAAGAGUGCAGAGACACCACCUACAAUGAAAGAAGAGGAUAAAGAGACAAAAUGCUCAACAGCUCAAGCUCAACAAUAAUGAAAAUCAGAAUGGAAGCCACACAAAUUGUCACAAAAAAGGAGUUUGCACUUAACAACCACAAACUCUUCCCCAAAGGAACUGAUUUAGAUGUACUUUUACAGAAUGAGUCUUGUUUACUGUGUCAGCUAUGAUUGUUGUUUAUAAAUAUGUAAUAUGCCUGGAAAGCAUGCGUAUUUGAUGAAGGCAUGUAUUCAGAAUUACACAAAAGGAAAUUGACAGACAGUUUCAAGAUAGUUCAUAUGAAUUCUAAAGUGUGUGACUGUAUUUUGAUUUAAAAACUGCCCAGAUGUAACAAGUGUCUGAAGACCUGGGAUCAUGAUCAUAAAAUACCCAACAUAUGUGUUUCAAUUACAUUUAAGGACAAAAAAUUGUGCAUGGUGAUGCUUGUGAAUAUUGUGUAGAUAUAUGGCAUAUGUGUUUGUGUUUGUGACUGUGUGUCAGUGUGAGUGUGAGUGUGAGUGUGAGUGUGUGUGUGUGUGUGUGUAUGUGUGAGAAUAUUUUGCCUUUGCAUAGGUUUCUUUCACUUGUUUAGAGAACAAAGCUAAAUUAAUACAACCAAAUGUAACGCUGUCCCUGUAAAAUAAAACUGAGAUAAUAGUUUUAAAAUUCUUAAAUACAAAUGAGAAGAUUAAACAUAUUACACUUCA